AUGGCUGAAACUCGAGCGACCCAAGCUCACCAAACCCGCAGCAGCUCAAAAAGGACCAGUUCCGCUGCAAAGACCCAGGCCACCCAUAAAAAAGGUCAUGCAGUCAGAAAGCAAGCUAGCUCUUCCAGAAAGAAGGCAACAUCCGGAAAGCGACAACCUAACCAUACUGAUGAGAAUACGGACGAAAAUACUGAUGAGGAUGACCACCACGAUACCACCCCUGAGCCCACAGAAACCCAGCAACAUAGGUCUUCUGCAACUGAGUCUGGCCAAUGUACUCCGGCUCCAACAAUAUCCAACUAA